GCUGCCGCGAUCGCAAACAUCUCAUACGUCGCUUAGUGUGAUAAUUCAAGAACACGAACGAUGGCAGCAGCGAUCGUUAUCGAGUCAUUCGCAGCGUCGUCGGCUCGCUCGAGUGCAUUGUUCGACUCCAAUGUAUGGACAUCGAGCGACAUCGUUCGCGCUCCCUUCACUAGAUCGGAUGCGGACGUUAUACUUCGUACUGCCGAUCGUGCAGAUUUUCACGUCCACAGAAACAUUCUGGCAAUCUCUUCUCCCUUCUUCGAGUCCAUGUUCAGUCUGCCACAGCCGGCACACCAAGGAGAGGCUCUCCCGGUGGUGCCAGUCACGGAGAGGGGUCCCGCGAUCGAUACACUCCUGCGGAUCAUCUAUCCUGUUAGAGAUCCACCCAUCACUUCUGUGGAACUCGCACGCGAUACGCUCGAGGCCGCGCUCAAGUACGAUAUGGUGGUAGUGACGGAUCAUAUGAAGCGGGUAUUGUCGGAAUUCAUCUCCACAAAGCCUCUACGCGUCUUUGCCGUCGCAUGCAUACAUGGUCUCGAGGAACUCGCCAAAAAAGCGGCAGACGUGGUGAUCACCAAGGGCGCUGUAGCUGGUUCGUACGUUCCUGAACUGGAACAUGUCUCCGCUGCUUGCUAUUAUAGGCUGUUACAGUACGAGCGCAUCACUGCUGAGGAGAGGACUUCGUUCGAGUUUUGCCGUGGCCAGACCACGAAAGCAGACCCCAGCAAACCGAAGGUUUCUAUCUCAUCGGACGAUCGCAGCUCGGCAUACCUAUUCAAUGAAGCUGCGGAUGUCGAGAUCAUCACGUCAGACAAAGUGCGCUUCCGAGUAAUCGGAGAUGUAAUCAGCCUCGCCUCUCCUGUCUUCCGAGAGAAAAUGUCUGAAGCCAAAAGCAACAAAAGGCGGCAUGCGGAUGGCAAUGCCGCAGAAACGCCUUUGGUCCUUACCGUACCGGAACACAGCAGCACGACGAAAGCACUUUUGCAGCUAUGCUAUCCUUCAAACAUGCCAGACUUGAGCGAUCAAUCGAUCUUGAUCUCAGUGUUCUGCGCUGCUAAGGCCUACAAAAUGAACAGGGCGGUGGAUCUCCUAUGGGGGAAAUGGUUCAAGUUCACUUCAUCCAAUCCAUUGCUAUCAUUCCUCAUCGCAUCAUCUAAUGAUUAUCGAGACGCCACCAUACUCGCCGCUAAAGCACUUUUGUCCAAAAAGAGAGAUGAGCUCUUAACCACAUAUAUCGACUACAUGGAAAUUGCGAAGGCGGGUCCCUAUUAUCGCCUCUUGGCAUAUCACAAGGCUUGUUGUCAAUCUGCCACCAAUUUACGAUUUGGCCUAUCGCCGCGGUGGCAUGAUCAACUUCAAGCAACAUCGUGUGCACGCUGCACACAUUUGAGGCCAUUCACGCCAAAUUCAACAACCAUGUUUUGCCCGGAUUGGGUUCAUGCGUAUGUAUCAAAAGCUGCAGAGUUCUUGGCCGACCUGCCAGAUGCUUCUGUGGCCAGGAGUGAUGCCGUGCUCGGGGAGCUUCUUCGUCAGUACACCGCCAGCGCUUGCAGCUCUUGUCGUGAGAAGACGAACCUCGUCACAGGCUUGUUGACUGCGUUUGAAGAUGUCAUCGGUAAAGCGAUCGCGGAAGUUGACACUGGCAUGCUGUUCAAGGAUCAUUGCGGUUUCUUCAGAUUCUUCGGAUCCGCGCCGAGAUAGGAAUCUGGCAUUGGACGAAUACCAUCUGGAUGGACAAGAAUGCAGCUAUUUGAUCAACAAAGUUGUGAAUUGUUGUCUUGACGUUGGCAGCCUAUUCAUCUGACGAAGAUCAAUCUAUUGAGCUGUCGAGACUCGAGAGUCACCCAAGGCAGGGUCGUCGACGCAUCAUGUCGACUCUUUUAUCAAAUCUGUGCCGUGAUCGCAUGCAGAGCACUGAAUGCUGACAUGAGAGUCACAUAGCGCUGAGUGUGCGGUCGAUGUUCCUCUCUCAACUUUUUAGCUAAAUGUACUUGUGACCCAUCCAUCCAAUACAGCUAUCCGAAUUCGAGUCGUUGAUUGGUUUUUUUAUGAUGGAAAGUUGCCGAGGCAUAGGCCAGGAGAGCCCUUCCGCUGAUAUUGUUACGUCUCUGUUCCGAGGAUCCGACACUGACGCGACACUUCGCUCGUGCGUUCGUACCCUGUUCCGCGUCUAUAGAGCCAUCCUCGCAAUAAC